AUGGCCUUCUGGUUCCCCGAAGCGCUCGUGGCCGCCAUGGACGGAGACCUCUGCCUCCUCAAGGAAAUGGCGGACAAGGUGAACCUUCGUGAAACCAAGGACGCUAAGGGUGAGCAGCGCUCAUUUGGGCAUGUGAGCGGCCACCUGGAGGUCUGCAGGUUCCUGGUGGAGGAAUCGGGGUUUGAUGUCAACUCCGACUCAAUCAGUGCUGAUUAUUUUAUUGUGCCUCCAGGGAAUUGCGAGGCUGUAAGACUACUGCUAUCCAAGGGUGUUGAUGUGGAGCCAGUCAAUUUUAUGGGGACACCGUUGCACUUGGCUGCCUCCCAGGACCAAGAUCAAGUUAUGAAGAUCCUGCUGGAGCAUGGUGCUGAUCCCAAAAGAGUAGUUAAUUAUGUCUUUACACCACUCUUGAUGGCUUGCAAUGGGCCUUCCUUAAAGUGCGCAAAGCUACUGGUUGAGGCUGGUGCUGAUGUGAACUUUAGAAGUCCCUCUGGACCAGUCAUUUUAAUGGAGGCAGUUGAUGAUGGCUUCACUGAGAUUGUAAAGUUCUUGUUAGACGCUGGAGCUAACCCUAACAUUGCAGACGAGGAUGGGAGAGUCCCAAUUAUGUGCGCAGGAGCCCAUGGGAAACGUGAGCUUGUUGAAAUUCUAUUUCCUUGGACAAAACCAAUUCCAUCUAUGCCGGAAUGGAGUGUUGAUGGGAUAAUUAGAGGCAUGAAAUAUCUGCGUUUUGAGGCUCAGGGUGCAGUUUUGAAAGAACAUAUAGCUGAUGCAAAGUCAAAAGGAAAGGAAGCUUUUGCAAAGGGGGAGUACUUCGCAGCAGUUUACUUCUAUGGUCUGGCAGUGGACAGAGAUCCACUUGAUGCCACCUUGUUUUCCAACAUAAGCUUAUGUUGGUUGCGGGUGAGAGACGGGAAGCAAGCUCUUUCAUUUGCUCAAAAAUGCAGGAUGAUGCGUCCUAGGUGGUCUAAGGCAUGGUAUCGUGAGGGCGCAGCUCUCAGGUUCCUGAAGCACUACAGAGGAGCAGUCGAUGCGUUCACGCAAGCACUGAAACUUGACCCUGCAAGUAAUGAAGUCAAGAAUGCGUUGGGGGAGGCCAAAGAUGCUAUGAGGAACACUUCUCGCUCGUGA